ACGUUCGUACGUGUUAUAAAAGGACGAUUUUGUGCGAAACGGACAGUUCGCUCGUUGAAAGAUUGACAUCGAGAUGAAUUUUGUGCUGUUACCAUUUGUGCUUGCGACAUGGAUUCCAACAAACGAGGAGAUUUGGAAAAAUGGGCCAGAGUAUACAUUUGGAAUGGAGAUCAACAUGAUUGCAGCCAUGCACAUUGACAAUGGAUCAUUUAUAGGAACCAGAAUGGCCGGCAAAUUAAAAUGUCGUCCAAAAGAACCUCAUAACCUAAUUUGUAAAAUCGAAGAUACAAAAAUUAUUCGAGUUCAUCCUAAAGGUUUCAACACCUCAGGAAUGGAGAUUUACCAAAAUGAAUCCUAUUCCCCUUAUGGAGUAGGACGUGAUAAUUUUCUGGUCAAGUUCAACAAGGAAGGUAUCGAGAAUUACAUUUUGGAAAAAACUGAUCGUCCUGCAGAAGUUUGGAUCAUUGAUAUGAUCAGGCUCAUAACGAAUCAACUCAGCAUUGGUGCUGAUCUCGAAAAUCGACGAAAUGAUGAACAGUUUAAAAAGUUAGAAAACUUUACUGUUGGUGAAUGUGAGACUGAAUUCAAGAUCAGCCGAAAACGAAUCGUCAUUAAGUUAAGUCAAAAGGAAUUAAAAUACAAAAUUAUUUCAACUUUAGCUUCGAAACAAUUCGAUUUUUCUCCAGAUGAAAAAAUUCAGAUUGAAAAAAGGAGGAACAUACAGAACUGUCAUCGACGGAAAGAGUAUUUCUUUGGUACCCGCUAUACCAAAGGAAUUGUCCUCAGAGACGUAUAUAAUAAUCUUAAAUCUUCUUCUAGUAGAAUAGUUUUUUCCAAAGAUUCUUUUCUCAGCGAAACAACAAACGAAUGUGAAAUAUUCGACUUGGAGAAAAAUCACCUUGGAAAUGUUUUGGACAAUAUGAAACUUACAUUGGAGGAUGUUCAACCAGCGAAAGAAGAACUUGUCACUAUCCCUAAUGUCACAUAUUACGAUAUUCUUGCAGGCGAAUCUGUUGCUUACACAGAAAAUCAUUACAAAAAUUAAUUCAUUGUACGAA